CAAAGUGCAGCCACACUUCCCAGCUGUCGGCAGGGGCAGCACCGCACGGCACGCGGCUUGGGGAGGCCCGGCCCUGACGGAGCGGGCGCCCCGCGUGCCCCCUCCCCUGCCGACUCUUACCCGGCUGCUCAUUAGCUCUUCCCUUGAAGGGCCGACUUCCCUCCAGAGGGGAAUUCCUGAAACCCAGCCGUCGACAAACCCACACGCCCUCGGAGGGCCGGGCACCGGAUAAAAGCCCUCUGCGGGAGCCCGGCCGCCUUCCCCAGGCACCCACGGAGCGCGGACCUGCCCUGGGGCGGCGCGCCAGCCCGGUCUGCUCGGCUCCCUGCAGGUGGCCGGCGCGCAGUCCCCGAAGGCGCCGCCCGGGGAAAACAGGUUCUCCGAGUGCCCUGUUGGCUCUAGGCUCUGCACUGGACCAUCUCUUUCCGUCUUCGGGAAAAACGCGCCUUGCCAAUGAGUAAUCAGAGCGGUGCUGAGAUGUUAUCACCUGUCACCUGCAAGGCAGGACCCAAGCCCACGCGGAAGUGAGGGGCAGACGGGCGGCUGCAGCCCCCACCUGCCAGCACCGCCUGCCUGGAGAGCGGCUGCGGGUGCCUCUGUCCUUGACGCAGGCUUGGGUCAUGCGGCCAUCCCGGGGGCCCCAAGGCUACCCGUGAAAGGGCUGAGGUGUGUCUGAGGAGCGCCUGACUCACCGCAGGCUGAGAGCAGAGCCCCUGGAUGGAGCUUGUGACCUGGACCCCUCAUGUCUGUCCUGCUGACGCUGUGGGUCCUGCUCCUGCCCCUAGCGACCCCAGGCCUUGGCACCCGGCCAUGGGAGCCCUGCACAGACCUGCGCCCCCUGGACAUGCUGGCAGAAGCGUUCUCUCCGAAUGGCAUUGCAAGCGGAGUCAGGGUGACCCAGGUUCACGGCGUGCGAGGACUCCAGCUCUCGGCCACAGACCCCCACGUCUUGAGCUUCCCUGCCUCAAGGGUUUUCUUCAGAUGUGACCUCUUCCCUGAGGAGUUUUCCAUCGUGGUGACCUUGAGAGUCCCCAGUCUUCCCCCAAAGAAGAACGAGUACCUGUUCACGGUGGUAACAGAGGAGCGGGACACCCUGCUGCUUGGCCUGCGAUAUUCGCCCACCCGCUUGCACUUCCUGUUCCUCAGCGAGGAUGCAGCCGGAGCCUGGCAGACCCGAGUGUCCUUCCGCAGCCUGAUGCUGACGGACAGCCGGUGGCACACGCUGGUCUUGGCUGUGUCGGAAGGCUCCUUCUCCCUCACCAUGGACUGCGGCCUCCCCGCGGACAUAGCGGCCGACGUGCCCUUCCCGGCCAGCCUGUCUGUGCAGGGAGCCCAGUUCUUCAUUGGCAGCCGGAGGAGGACCAAAGGCCUGUUCACGGGCCUGAUAAGGCAGCUGGUCCUGCUGCCUGGCUCAGACGCCACCCCGAGGCUGUGUCCCUGCAGGAACCCCGAGCUUGCUGUGCUGUCCAUCCCCCCCAUCCUGAGGGGCCUCAAAGGGCAGCCAGAAGAUAAUGAGGUGCUAAAAUAUCCCUAUGAGACCCACCUGAAGGUGACACUGGGAUCCCGGCCUCCAUGCACCAAAAUGGAGGAUGCCCAGUUCUGGUUCGACACUGGCCGGAAGGGGCUGUACCUGUGUGUGGGCAGCCAGUGGGUCUCCGUGCUGGCAGCCAAGGAGAAGCUGGACUAUGUGGAAGAACAUCAGAGCCUGUUCACGAACUCAGAGACGCUGGGCAUCGAGGUCUUUGUCAUCCCCAAGGCUGGACUCUUCGUAGCCACUGCCAAUCGGAAAGCCACAUCCGCCAUCUACAAGUGGACAGAUGGGAAGUUCUCCCCCUACCAGAACAUCCCCACACACCAAGCCCAGUCCUGGAGGCAUUUCACCAUUGGGAAAAAGCUAUUUCUGGCUGUGGCUAAUUUUGAACCAAAUGAAAAGGGUCAAGAGUUCUCCAUCAUUUACAAAUGGAGCCAGAGAAAGCUGAAGUUCACACCGUACCAGAGGGUCCCCACCCACAGCGCCCGGGACUGGGAGGCCUUCGAGGUGGCAGGGGAGCACUUCCUGGCCGUGGCCAACCACCGGGAAGGCGACGACCACAACAUCGACAGUGUCAUCUACAAGUGGGACCCGAGGACACGCCUGUUCAAGGCCAACCAGACCAUCCCCACGUCGGGCGCUUACGACUGGGAGUUCUUCACCGCAGGGCCCUACUCCUUCCUGGCAGUGGCCAAUGCCUUCAACGGCACCUCCACCAAGGUGCUCUCCUACCUGUACAUCUGGCUGGUCGGCUCCUUUCGGCCUUUCCAGUCCUUCCUGACGUUUGGCGCCGCCGACUGGGAAGUGUUCCACAUUGGAGAGAGGCUCUUCCUUGCUGUGGCCAACAGCCACAGCUACGACGUGCAGAUGCGAGCACAGAACGACUCCUACGUCAUCAACUCGGUCAUCUACGAACUGAACGCCACAGCGCAGGCCUUUGUCAAGUUCCAGGAGAUCCUCACCUGCAGCGCCCUGGACUGGGAGUUCUUCUCGGUGGGAGAAGAUUACUUCCUGGUGGUUGCAAACUCCUUCGAUGGAAAUACCUUCUUGGUAAACAGUAUUAUUUACAGGUGGCAGGGUUACGAGGGCUUCGUGGCUGUGCACAGCCUCCCGACCUUUGGCUGCAGAGACUGGGAGGCCUUCCGCACCACCACCGGCUCCUACCUCAUGUACUCCAGUGCCAAGGAGCCCCUCUCCCGUGUCCUGAAGCUGCGGACGGUCUGACAGCUGGGGCCCGGGAUGGUGCAGGCCUCGCUGCAUCCCAGAAGCCUGCCCGAGAAGCCCUGGCAUCUCCAGGGUCGUGCCUGGGAGAAGCCUCCAUCCUCCAGCCAGAAGACCUGUCCACCUCUCCUCCCUGGUGGCCGUUUGGUGGCUCAGGGGGCACUCCAGCUGACGAGCAGGGCUGCUCCUGCAAGUCUGGCAUCCUGCUUUAAAGGAAAAGGUCAUACAAAAGUUUACCUCAAAACCAGUGGGGCCUCGUCCCCUCCCCUGGUGACACUCUGCCACUCGCCCACCCAGACGCGGGAACAGGCUUAAUGCUGUUCCAUGGAUGUCAUGCCAGCUAUUUAUUGUACUCUGUCUACACUGAAAAAUAUUUAUGC